CGCAAAUUCCUUCUCGUUUCCAUGUUUGCUCUAGUUUAAAUCUUCAAUCUCCUUCCCGGUUUUUUCCAUUCUCCGAUGGCAUUCCUUGUUCGUUCGCCGGAAGUUCCCACUGUCUCGGCGAGAAUCUUCUCCGAUUCGAAUUCGAGUGUUAUUAGUCAUGCGUUUAUGAGGAGGAAGGUUACGGUUUCAGCGAUUGACGCAAGAGAUUUGUCUGGUAUUAAGAAUCAGAAAUCGAGAUUGUACGGGAGAUUCUCAGCUCCGGUGAAAGAAGACUGCAAGAUUAGCAGAGAUGAAGAAAAAGAAGAAGAUAAGCAGAGUUACUACGUGAAUAUGGGUCACGCCGUUCGUAGUAUCAGAGAAGAGUUUCCUUUGUUGUUCUACAAAGAGCCCAAUUUUGACAUUUACAGGGAUGAUAUUGUUUUCAGAGACCCUAUGAACACUUUCAUGGGGAUUGAUAAUUACAAAUCCAUAUUUUGGGCGUUACGUUUCCAUGGAAGGAUCUUCUUCAGAGCACUCUGUGUUGACAUUGUUAGUGUUUGGCAACCUACAGAGAACACUCUAAUGAUCCGUUGGACUGUUCAUGGAAUUCCUCGUGGUCCUUGGGAGACUCGGGGUCGAUUCGAUGGGACUUCUGAGUAUAAAUUCGAUAAGAGUGGGAAGAUUUAUGAACAUAAAGUCGAUAACAUAGCCAUUAAUUCGCCUCCAAAGUUUCAAAUGCUCACUGUUCAAGAGCUUGUUGAAGCCAUUAGCUGCCCUUCUACUCCCAAGCCGACCUACUUUGAGUUCGGAGAUUGAUUCAUCAUCAUCGUCUGAAACAUAUUAGUGUUGUGUAUAGUAGUAUUUCGUGUGGUUAUAGAUAGAGUGGUGUGUGUAAUAUAGAUGAAGAUGGAACGAUAUAAAUAAACCCAAUAACAUGAA